CAUGAAGGAAGAACUCCGCACAGGACAGAUGUACACACGCAUGUGUGUGCACACACACUGCAGCCCUUUCUCUGCUCAUGCUGCAUCUGUGUCACACAGAACCAUGCAAACUCCAGCUGUGGUGGGCAAGGAUCUAGUUCUAGAGAGCCUGGGCCAGGAGGGGCUGAGAAGGUCCUAGGGAUUCUACAGGUAACAGAAACACUCUGAUGUGACUCAUCCUUCAAGCACCGUUGGCAUCCAACCAUCAUCUCCUUCCCAAAAAAACCCUGUAAAGAAACAGGCCACUUGAUGCUCCUCCACCCCUGGGUUGCUCGUGUGCUCCCGCCACAUUGCCUUUUAUCACCCUCCAGCAGCUCGUCCUUCUCCCCCACGCAGACACACUGCCUCCGCGAUUGCACAAGAGUCAGUUUAGCAUCCUGCAGCUGGGGAGGAAAGGACUCCGCCACACAUCCUCCAGCACGGGUGACCCUUCCGAUUAGCCAACGGCUUGUGAAUGCUGACCCAAUUCACGGCCUUGAUGGGAUCCCAAACAGGGGCAGUAUCUGCAAAAUCCCCCGGAAUCUUGGGUUUUGCCCAUCCAACUGGUUUCACGGCCCCUGCUUUUGACGCAGCAAUAACAAUGGAUACCACAGCGGCACACGCGAAGGCCAGAUAACUGUGUGUACUGAAUCGAGGGGUUUGCAACCACAACGUACGUUUGCUUUGGAUGUUUUGUAAUGGCUUCUGUCAUCUAAGAUCCGGUGAGAAGUACCGGUGAGAGAUGGAGGAAUGAGGAACUUGGUCCUACCACACUUGGGAAACAGUAAUCAGCUUCAAACAGCAGCAAUCAUUCAAAGUGAUGCUUCUUGAUUUAUAUUGACUACACUCUGUGCGUCCUCAGAGCUUUAAUUGCUACAGCCACCACAACAUAGCUGCAAAUGUGAACAUCCAUCCAUCCGUCCAGUUUUUUCCUAACCACAAUGAAAACGAGAAAACAGAAGUGUUAAGCACCUGACCCUGCUGACAGCUACCGAUUUAAAAAAAAGGAAGAAAAAGAAGAAAAAAAAAAGAAAAAAGGCCUCCUGCCAUCCCCUGCUGUCAGCUUUUGGGAGGAGGCAGAAUGGAUGUCCUGGAGGAGAAGGAAGAAGAGGAGCAAAGAGAAGAAGAAGAGCUGAAGGCUUUGGAGAUCAGUGAUAACCUCCAGGACUUGGAGAUGAAGGUGUCUGUAGAGCAAGUCUGCAUCCCAAGUGAUGUACCCUCCAUUGACACAUCCCAAUUACCAUCCUCGUACAAGACAAAUUCCCUGAAUGAAGAGAAGCUGCUGCGCAUCGCUGACCAUUUCCUUCAGCAGUACACUCACCUCUGUCCUGACCGCAAACCGCUCUUCCUCCACCCGGUCAACGAGUGUGGCGUGGAGAAGUUUGUGAGCACAACGGUGAGACCAACCCUCCUGCCUUAUGCAGAGCUGUACCACUGGGAUGGCUGUGCCAGCUUCGUCUCUGAUUACCUCACCAUGGAGCCCCUCAAGUCCCCUAUCACACCGCCCAGUUCGCUCUAUUCCCCAACCACCAUCCUGAAAUACCAGCGAGGGAACUGCUUUGACUUCAGCGUGCUGCUGUGCUCCAUGCUGAUCGGGGCUGGGUAUGAUGCCUACUGCGUGCACGGAUAUGCCACCCACGAGAUGUGCACCCUGGACGAGACUCUAAAACUGUGCCCGCUGCUCAGGAAGCCACAGGAGGAACCAAAAGAGAGGAUGAAGAAGUCCAACAAGUACAGAGUUAAGCCCCCACCAGACCUGCAGAGCAAGUUUGAGCUUCAGCAGGAGGCCAAGAAGGCAGAAACUGAAGCUGCUGAAAAGAACAAGGGAAAAGAAGUGGAGAAGGUCACGGAAGUGGAAAAGCCUGAGCGGGACCCUUUGCAUGGCUUACGGGUGCAUGCAUGGGUUUUGGUUCUGUCUGGGAAGAAGGAGGUUCCUGAGACCUUCUUCAUCAACCCUUUCACGGGAAACAGCCACAGCACCAUGGAUGAGCACUUCCUUGGGAUCGAGAGUGUCUGGAACCACAGGAACUACUGGGUGAACAUGCAGGACUGCCGGAACGGCUGCAAGGAUCUCAUCUUUGACUUGGGUGACACUAUCCACUGGGAAGUUAUGCUUUCAGGGAGCAACAAGCCUCUUCAGCUGCUCUCAGAUGCUGAGGAGGAAAAGGAGUUAUCUGACAGGGACUCGGAUGAUAUGCAGGAAAAGGAGGAGGGAGAUAGGAGUUUUGACAUGCCACCUUCGUGGGUAGCCCCAAUUCAGAUAUCUCCCAGAGAGUUUGAGACCCGCUGUUCCGAGGGGAGGAAGGUGAUCCUGUACAAGAAAGCAAAACUGGAGAAAUGGGCACCAUACCUGAAUGGAAAUGGGCUGGUGAAACGCCUCACCAUCUACGCAGACUUAGGCUGCACUGAAGUAGCGGAGGUGAGGGAGUGGUUCAAAAACCGAGAAGACAGGUUGGAGAUGAGAGAAGUGAAUAAGCAAACACAGCUGACCACAGAUUACUUCAGUCCAGGACACCUCCUCUGUCUUAAAGCUCACACCUAUACGUCGCUGCAACCUGAGACUGAAUAUACGAUGGAGUUUUACAAUGAGGCACGAGUUGAUGGACUCCAGAAACGUGUUGAAACUCCAAAUGAGAUGACAGAGUACUUCGUGGGGCGGGAUGACUUCCUGCACGUCCGGUACAUGGAGUUUGGCAAAAGACGAAAGAAAAUACACUUGGCUGGCACCAGAACUGACAUAAACUCCCGGCCUAUAGUGCAAAUCAAGGAGUGUUUCCACAGAAACCCAGAAAAGCCUGCUGAUGAAGAUGUAGCAGAACGUGUAUUUCUGAUCACAAAGGAUAUGAUCCAACUGACGUAUCACCUGAAGGAUAACUACAUUACUGCCUCAAAGAAGGACUUCUUCAAAGCGGCAGAGGGGGACAGGAAAGGAAAUGAAAUGGUCAUGACCCCAGAAAUGUGCAUCACGUACAAGGCAGGGUCUUCUGAGAAAGAGGAGAAGCUGCUCCAUCUGUACAAACUGUUGCAGAAGCUAACAGUGGAAGAGAAGCAGCUGAAGCUACAAGUCCAGCAAUCUGAAGCAGAGGUGUUAAAUAUUUUGAAGGUCCGUGAGAAUGAAGAAACUAACAUUAAAUUGUCAGUUUCAAUUUAUAAUGUAGAGAAGAAUGAAAAGAGAAGACAACAGUAUGAAGCCAUGAAGAAGACAAGGGAGGAUGACCUCCGGGGUCCAGGGGAACAGGAUCUGGAUUACCUAGCGCCUUUUCUUAUACAAAUCGGCCACAAAGAGAAAAUGACCAAGGAGCGUGCCCUGCGUGUCAGAGAUGACUGCCUGACUGAUUUUAAGAACCGUCUCAUUAAUAAAGCUAACAUCAUCCAGGCUCGCUUGGAAAAGGCGGUGGAAGAGCUGCAGAAGAAGGACCAGUGGUUUCAGAAAAACCAGAAUCGGCUCAGUGCAGAGGAGGAGAGUGACUUCCUCACCCGCCGCUCUGAAACCACAUUCCACAUCCAGAUUCUAGCACUGAGGCUCAAGAGAGAAAAGCAGGCGGCACCACAGAAAUACCUUGCUCUUGAAGAGAAGCUGCGCAACGAUCCUCGCCUGGCAGAGCACCUUGAUCACACCUAAUUUCUUUACUCCUUCACAGCAGACGCUGGAAAUCUGUGCUGAAGCCUGUUAGAAGCAGCCUGAAAAGAAAAAAAAACAAAUGGGAAGUUUUCCUACUUGACUGCAGUAAAUAUUUCGUUAUUAUCAGA